UGGACAUUACUGCCUUGUGCUGUCAACAGUAUGCUAACUAGCGCGAAGCCAAGGGAGGCGACAUGAUUCCCAACAAGCCAGUGUUAUUGCAGCCACCGCUCUUACGAUUUAUUCAGAGAACCGUAAGAUGCCAUUCAGCAAGCUAGCUGAAUAAAUCCCUGCAUCGUCUUCUGUGACGCCUCGGUCCGGCCUUCAGAGUCAGGAGGAAAUGAGCCAACUGAGUGUCCGUCGCUGGACACCCAAACACGUCGCCAAGUGGCUGAGGGAAGAGGGCUUCUGUGACUAUGUGGACCUGCUGUGCAACAAGCACCGACUGGACGGCACCAGUCUGCUGGCCCUCAGCGAGUAUGACCUCCGCUCACCGCCUCUGGAGCUCAAGGUGCUGGGGGACAUCAAGCGGCUGAUGGUGUCCAUCCGCAAACUACAGAAACAGAACAUUGACGUGUUGGAGGAGCUGGGUCUUCCCUUUGACGGUCACUCUCCUACGGGCUCCGGAGGCAGUUUGGACUGGCUGUGUAAUGGAGACUCGGGCAGAGACUGCGACAGCACUGACACAGCACCAGUAGGAGAGGAGUAUAACCAGUACACCAAUGGGAAGUACAAGCAGCAGACGAGGCGCCUGGAUCCAGAGUACUGGAAGACAGUGCUUAGCUCCAUCUAUGUGGUCUUUGUGUUUGGGUUCACGUCCUUUGUCAUGGUCAUAGUGCAUGAGAGGGUGCCUGACAUGCGCACAUAUCCUCCACUGCCAGAUAUUUUCCUAGACAGUGUUCCCAGAAUACCAUGGGCCUUUGCCAUGGCUGAAGCAUGUGGAGUGAUCCUCUGUAAUGUCUGGUUGUUGGUUCUGCUGCUCCAUAAACACAGGUCCAUCCUUUUGCGGCGCAUGUGCAGCCUCAUGGGGACGGUGUUCAUGCUCCGCUGUAUCACCAUGUUUGUCACCUCCCUGUCUGUGCCAGGACAACACCUGCAAUGCUCAGGAAAGAUGUAUGGGGACAUGUGGGCCAAACUGCAGCGAGCUGUGGCCAUCUGGAGCGGUUUUGGGAUGACCCUGACUGGCGUGCAUACAUGUGGUGACUACAUGUUCAGCGGCCACACCGUGGUCAUUACCUUGCUCAACUUCUUUGUCACAGAGUACACCCCACGAAGCUGGAACUUCAUUCACACGUUGUCCUGGGUCUUGAAUCUCUUCGGCAUCUUCUUCAUCUUGGCUGCACAUGAACACUACUCCAUCGAUGUGUUCAUAGCGUUCUACAUCACGACCAGACUCUUCCUGUAUUACCACACUCUAGCCAACACCCGGGCCUACCAGCAGAGUCGACGAGCUCGCAUCUGGUUCCCCAUGUUCUCCUUCUUUGAGUGCAAUGUCAACGGUCCCGUCCCCAACGAGUACUGUUGGCCCUUCUCUAGGCCGGCUGUGAUGAGGAGGCUUAUUGGAUAAGGAACAGCAGCAGCACUGUCAGAGACUUCUUAGCCCGUGCUGUUUAGUCUGCUUUGUCAAGUUGCCAAGUGAGGCGUGUGAUGUCUUCUUCAACAAGGACUACUGUUGUGAUCCUGUUAGCACUAAGGCCUGAUGGGAUACACAGAGCCAUACCUUAUAUUCUGGGAUUUAUUUUCAAAACCUGCUUCCUGUGUCACCAUUUUUAGACGGAUUUAACAAAAUCCCCCAAAACAUACAGAGUUUCUUAAAGGCCCUUAAACACUCGGCUUGAUUUUAAAAAGUGUCUCAUUUAUUGGUUGCUUAUUUCUCCUAAAGGGAUAUAUAAUUUAAUAUAGCGUGAACUGCAUUUUUUAGUAACUCCUAUCCUUAAGACUUACUUGGAAGCCCGUGAGUAAUUUUGAUGGCACACAUCAAAGAAGCCGCAUAAACAAAUUCUCAGGCAGCAAGUUCCCUAAUCCUUCACAGCAGUUUGCCAUUUACUGUGCAAUUAAUAUACCCAAAUAUUUAAAGGUUUGGAUCUGGAUUCUUGACUGAAAGCUUUGUCUUUCCUCCAAUUUUGUAAACUCUAAGGACCACUGUUAUCAAAACAUAACUCUUAUGGACCACUGUUAAAGCAAUAUGUAAAGAUCUACAUUAUGCCGUUUUCUGUAUUGCAAAAUGUUAAUCGUUUUGAGAAACGGAUGAUACUUCUCUGCCAUUGUUUCACAGUCGUUCCUUGAAAAAAUGCUUACUUUGUUACUUGAUGUUGACCGAGCAAUUCCUUACUUAUUGAUGAAUACACUAAAGGAUGAUAAUGUCAUUAUCAGCCAAAACAUGGAAUCAAAGAUUAAUUUCCAGUUGUCUUAAAGUAUAAUUCCAAUUGCCAAUUACCUUGAGUGUUAUGGUAGGUUUCUCUGUGUAGAAAUGUCCCAAAUAUUUCAUGUUAACUGUUUGAUAGCUGUAUGGUGUUUAUUUUUGUUUGAAUCAUUAUACAGUGUAAAUAAUAAUGAUCCUUUGACAUUAACUUGUAGUAAUAGUUCUUUAAAAAGGAUCCUUAAAUUUGUAUUUGUUUGUAUUAAUUUAUUUCGUUUUGUAACAGUCGAUAGGUAUUUUUAUAUUUCAUAUACAGCGUUACAGCGACAUGCACAUGAAGAAAUAUGUUUACAGUUGCUCUUGACUAUGUAUUUAUUUGAAACACAAUGUGCUUUUUAAGUGUAAUGUUGAUUUCAAUGUGGCCUCUACAUUUCAUUGAGUGAAACCUACCGCUGUAGUAGGAGAGCUGCUAUUAUUACAGCACGUUAGAAACAUAGAUAUUCUAGAUGGAGUUGACGCUCUACAAUUAAUUAUUUCAUUGAGGAAUGAUGCUGUUGUGUUUGUGCUCACGCAAAUCCGCAUCACUCAUUUCAUGUCUCAUUCAGUCAUUUCAAUCAUUAAAGAGCUGAAAUCAAA